AACUAAGUAUUUUUUAAGACUUCUUAUAAAAACAACUGUGAAUUUGUUGUUGUAUUCUCAUAGAUAAUUUUUUUUUAAAUGUUUUGCUUUUAUAUAAUAAAUAAUAGCGGGCCUAAUACGUGACUUCUGGAUCAAUUUAGCGCCUUGCUAUCACAGCAACCAAGGGUAGAUUCGAAAGUAAACUCACGUGAUACAAAUAGCUGUAUAAGAAGUCAAAAUUAUAAAGUUUAGUUAGCUUUUUGAAGCAUAUCUCAGAACGCACAUAUAAACUAAAUUUACAAUAUUUUGAAGUUUUAAAGUCGUAUUAGACGAGAAGAAAGAUGAUUUCUAGCAUUCCAACAAUGUGUUGUAUCGUUGGUGCGCUGUUGUUGGUUCUACCAUAUGUUUUAUCUGAGCCAAUUGAUCUCGGAAUUGCGAUUGAUGUUUCCACACCAAUGAGGUACGCCGUGAAAGACGCAAAGAUUUUGGCUAAAAAACUUGUGAAAUCGUUCGAUAUUGGAGCGGAUAAGACCCAUGUGGCAGCUAUGGCAUUUGCUGAAGACAGUCAAUCAAUUUUUAGUUUUAAUGCUUUCAAUGACGCCGCACUAGAUAAGAAGAAUUUAAUAAGAAAGAUUAAUGCAGUGAAAAGCAGAAAGUCUGGUCCACGAUUUGAUUUGGCAAUGAAGUUUGCAAAUGACACCUUAUUCAGCUCGAAACACGGAAUGCGUAAAAAUAGUCGAAAAAUUUUUGUUAUGCUGUCGGAUGCUAGGCUUGAAGGUAGUAAAGAUGACCCUACUAUCGGAAAAGCUGUUCAACCAUUAAAAUCCAGAGGAAUACUUAUCCAAAUAGUGGGUUUUAAGUGGUAUGAUCUGACACACAUGUUAAAAAUUGCCUCUGAAGAUUCCUUCAUUUAUGCACUUAAACAUAUGAAGUCUGAUGAAAUUGUCAAAUAUAUUAAGGAGGGACACUAACAAUUUUUUAUUUAUAUACCUUCUAGUCAUUUGUCGUUUAUUUUAUUAUAAAUACAUAUUUUUCCUGUCGUUAUGCAA